GUCGGGGAGAAAAGAGGUUUAGGGCGAACCCACCUACACAACAACAAGAACGGAGGGAGAGGAGAGAUGACCAAAGCGGAAGAAAUUUCCGUGGUCAAAACCAGCAAAAUGAUCGGAGAGCUGCUCCUAGAGAUAGGCACUUCUACUGCAAGAAGUGCGGGAGAGAUCACCCCGCGAUUAACUGCGAUGGGAGCCUAACCAAAUGUUUCAAUUGCGGGAAGCUAGGGCACCGAUCCUUCGAGUGUCUGUCAAAGACCAAUGGGACACCAUUGAACCAGGUGCAAUAUCAUGAUGGAAACCGAACCGGGCCUAAUGGCGGGCAAAACAACAACAAUGUCAUCGCCAUCAACAACAACCGCAACCCUCGAGGAGGAGGGGAGAAUAAUCGCGGUCACGGUAAUGGAGGUAACCAAGGAAAUGGCGGGAACAAUGGCAAUGGCGGAAAUAACGGCAACCGUCCGAACCAAGGGCGAAUCAUGGUAAUGAACCAAGCCCAAGCCAAUGCCAAUGAUGUGGUCUCAGGUACAUUCCUUGUAAAUUCUGAGCCUGCUUAUGUUCUAUUUGAUUCUGGUGCUUCUCACAGUUUCAUAUCUUCUAAUUUCGUUAAGAGAUUAAAGAUUGAACCAACAACUAGAAUAGACUUGAAUGUAAGAACUGCCUCAGAUAAAAUUGUAACUUGUGGAAAUGUAUACUCCAACAUUUCCGUACUCAUAUGUGAGUCCAACCUACCCGGAGACUUAAUCCAAUUUGACUUAGAAGAUAUAGAUGUAGUACUGGGCAUGGACUGGUUGGGGAAGUACAAAGCUAGGAUUCUAUGUGAUGAACAGAAGGUGAUCUUGAAGGGUCCAAAUGGGAAGAGAAUAUCUUACAAAGCAAUCACAACCAAGCCCAGUAUGAAGCUGAUGACUAUGCGACAAUUACGACAACAUAUUCGAAAGGGGUAUGAAACCUACUUGUGUUUGCUGAAAGAGGUGAAUAUAGAAGAGCCAAACAUUUACCAAAUUGCUGUAGUCAACGAAUUUCCGGACGUAUUUCCGGAAGAGAUUCCGGGAAUGCCGCCCGAGAGAGAAGUUGAAUUCUCAAUUGAGUUGAUGCCCGGAACUGCACCAAUUUCAAAAGCACCUUACCGGAUGGCACCAAAAGAAAUGCAAGAGCUGAAGGAGCAACUGGAGGAGCUAUUAGAAAAGGGUUACAUAAGGCCGAGUGUCUCACCUUGGGGCGCUCCGGUCUUAUUUGUCAAAAAGAAAGAUGGGAGUCUAAGGCUAUGUAUCGAUUACCGGGAGUUGAAUCAAGCAACUAUCAAGAACAAAUAUCCAUUACCCCGGAUUGACGACUUGUUUGAUCAAUUAAAAGGGGCUUGCACGUUCUCUAAGAUAGACUUGCGCUCUGGCUACCAUCAAGUGAGAAUAGCCGAGAAAGAUGUACCAAAGACAGCAUUCCGCACAAGGUAUGGACAUUACGAGUUCACUGUGAUGCCGUUUGGUUUAACUAAUGCACCAGCGGUAUUCAUGGAUCUAAUGAACCGUGUAUUCCGACCUUACCUUGAUACCUUUGUAGUGGUAUUCAUUGAUGAUAUCCUCGUAUAUUCAAAAACCCCGGAGGAUCACGAGAAACACUUGAGACUCACAUUGCAAACUUUGAGAGAGAACCAGUUGUAUGCAAAACUCUCAAAGUGCGACUUCUGGCAGGAUCGGGUAGCGUUCUUGGGUCACAUUAUCACCCAAGAGGGCGUAUCCGUAGAUCCAUCCAAGAUUAAGGCGGUGAUUGAGUGGCGUGCACCUACCUCGGUCACGGAUGUAAGAAGUUUCUUGGGUUUAGCCGGUUACUAUCGGAGAUUUGUUAAAGAUUUCUCCAAGAUAGCAAGACCGUUAACCAACCUGACGAAGAAGACAACCAAGUUCUAUUGGGAUGAAGAUUGUGAAGCGGCAUUUCAAGAGUUGAAGAAAAGACUCACAACCGCGCCGGUCUUGACAUUACCGUCAGGGACAGAGGGGUUCGAUAUCUAUAGCGAUGCAUCUAAGAAGGGGUUGGGGUGUGUGCUUAUGCAGAAUAGGAAAGUGGUGGCUUAUGCAUCAAGACAAUUGAAGGUGCAUGAAGUUAACUAUCCUACUCAUGACUUGGAGUUAGCUGCAGUAGUGUUUGCACUGAAAAUCUGGAGACAUUACCUAUACGGAGCACAAUGUAAGAUAUACA